UAGAAAGUUAGCAUUUUUUUGUGUAACCUAUUAAGUUUACUAAUUAUUUCCGUCAUGGCUGUCGAUGAGUCUAUGAGAACAUUGAAAAUUCCUCCCCGUUUUACACCUUACCUUGAAAAGCAUCGCAUUUACGAACUCUUUUACGACCUAGGAAAUGAACUUGCCAUAAACCGUCCCUCUGACCCGUUAUUGUUUCUAAAGACACGUCUGGAGCAAGUUGACAAAUGGCGAGACAAACGCAUCAUCGUGAUGAUUACUCCUCCGUCCAUGGACAGGAUAAAACUUUCCCAGCUCGUUUCAGCUAAAUCUGGCUGCAGUAUACUUUCAAGAUACCUGUGUGUCAAAAAUCCCGUAGACCAUUACUCUCCAAUAAUAUUGGCCAAGGCUGUUUCAGACACAUUGGAGGAAUCCGACGAAAAAGAUUGGAUUUUUGCAGACUUUCCGGAUACAGCUGAAGAGGCAGAAGAACUUAUAACCCUUGGUGUUUUACCGACACAUACACUGUUGUUACUAGAAGAUAAUAAUAAUGUAGACGAAGAAGAAGCCCAAACAAUGACGUUAAAAACAUCCCCGUCUGUAUUGAUGGACUACGACAACAAUGCUUAUCACUUGAAGGAACUUUAUAAAUCGUCUCUCAAGGUUGUCAAAGUGAAAAAUAAAUCUCUGGAGGAUGUAGCUGAAGCGUGUUCAAUAUUGGCAAAGAAAAUGCCUUGUAGGCCAGCUCCCAGGUUAUUUAGAGUAGCUCUUAUUGGGCCAAGAGGUUCAAGAAGAAGAACCCUUGCUAAACUUGUUAGCAAACAAUUCAACGUGGUCCAUGUGGACAUGGAACAGUUGGUAAAUGCGGCCAGGGUUGCUGACACAGCAUCAGGUGAUGAACUCAGAUAUUUAGACAAAAACGGCUUUAGCUACCCACUUAAAACUGUUUUCGACCUACUCAAAAAUAGACUAGCCAAAGAAGAUUGUAUAAAUCGGGGAUACGUAUUGACGAACUUCCCAACUUCUGUAGAUGAUUUUGUAUUGCUUGACUCCAUUGAGACGCCACCCAAUAGAGUAGUUUUCUUAGAUGUAGACGAAGCAGAGUGCCAGAAAAGAUUAGAAAAUAGAUUAGUAAAUAUGCACACGGGAAGUCUGCACUAUAGAAGUGACGACCAGUCAAACCCAGAAAAUCUAACUCAUCCUGACGACCAGGCUUGCAAGGUAGAAAAUGAGAUAAUGUUUUAUAACGAGAGAAUAGAAGCUAUCAAGGAUUAUUGUGGUGAGACGGCUUCCAUCGUCGAUGCGAGAGGUCCAAUAAAUUCUUUGUUGGAAAGGAUCGAGGAUAUAUUAAUGAGUCCUGCUCCUGUUACCAAACCGAGAUCUGGGAAUUCGACUAAGAAACAUAACGAGCCCAGGAAAUCAGGAUCAGAGGCGUCAUCAGGUAGCCGGCGACUAUAUACUCCUAUAUCCCGCACUGAAGUUGUUCCGAUGAUAGAAUCAGUAGAAUUGCUCAGGAGAUUUAGCGAACUGAAGAUGAUCGCCAAAGGACGUAGUGAUAGUAGUUCUACUGAUGACGGUGAUCUGAUCAUGCGUGAAUUAGAUAAGGAGUUUGAGCGAGCGCUCAGAGGAGGACGACCUUAAAUAAUAGAAAAAAAUCAAUUCAGCAGGACUCUUAACUUUAUUACUUAAGAACUAUUGUUUUGUUUUUAGGCCUGUUUUUGGAUAGUUUUUAUUAAACAAAUCAAUAAAUUAAAUCAAUAACUUUAAGAA